AUGUCGGCCUCCCUGUUGCGGCGGGGUAACCCCGUCCCUCUUCCCGCUGCAGGCCGGGGAAAGGCUCCGGCGGGACUCCAGCGGGGGCGGGACAGCGCCGGGGUGGCGGGAACCGGCAGGAACAAGGCCACGGUCAAGGGCAGAGCCGUGAAGUCGGCGAUAGAGGAGUAUCACAAGAAGGCAGCUGUGGAUCACUUAAGAGCAAACCUGCAGUACAUGUUGAAGAGACGAUGUGUUGCAGACAAAGCCAUCACAGAACAAGUUCUUGCUCAGAACAGAGGUAGGAAGUCCAAAGAUCAGCCUCCAAAGAAAGCGGCAAAGAAGAAGCCCGAGGGCACUGUCUUUACUGAGGAAGAUUUUCGUAAAUUUGAGAGAGAAUACUUUGGGAGACCAUAA